CCUAAACACAUUCAAGAUGGCGGACCAAUUGAUUGCUCGACAUUAUGUUUACCAAAUGUGAUGUGAGUACGCGGUCCAGAUUGCCUUCGUGUGGAAUCGAAUAGUACAAAGGAUUUCAGCAUAAAUUAAACUAUACUAAUAAGUUUAAUCGACAAGUAAUAGUUUAAAGAAAUGGCGGACACAACAAGCACACGUAGACGGGUGAAAUUGUACAUGUUAAACGAAGAACGUCAAUGGGAUGACCAAGGCACCGGGCAUGUGUCGUCCAUUUUUGUUGAAAGAUUGAAAGGAAUGUCACUUCAAGUCCGAUCUGAAACGGAUGGAACUGUUCUUUUGGAGUCGAAGAUUCAGCCUGAUACCAUGUACCAGAAACAACAGGAAACCUUGAUAGUAUGGUCAGAAGCAGCUAAUUAUGACUUGGCUUUAAGUUUCCAGGAACAAGCUGGUUGCCUUGAGAUUUGGAGGAAAAUUUGUCAGGUACAAGGAAAAGAUCCAUCAGUGGACAUUACACAAGAUUGUUUAAUUGACCAUGGUGAACAUGAUGAAGAAUUUCAGGAAGAUAGCACUAUAGAAGAUGCCCCAGACGCUGCUCAGGAGAUUGAGUUACCUCCCUGUGAACUAAGCAAACUAGAGGAGAUAUGGAACAUAUUUACUGAGUCGUCGAUUCAAUCUGCACCCAUACGCAAAGAAAAACUCUCAAUGGCCAUUGAAAACAGCGGCUAUAUCAAAAAAUUAUUGGAUCUGUUUCACAUGUGUGAAGAUUUAGAUAACAUGGAAGGACUUCAUCAUUUGUAUGAAAUAUUUAAGAAUAUAUUUUUAUUGAACAGAAAUGAAUUAUUUGAGAUCAUGUUUUCAGAGGAAACAAUAUUCGAUGUGAUAGGAGUGUUAGAACAUCAGCCAUCAUCACCACAGCCAGCACAACACAGAACAUAUUUAAAGGAGACGGCUAAAUUUAAACAAGUUGUGCCGAUGACAAACAAGGAACUUUUAAAUAAGAUCCACCAGACAUAUCGUGUACAGUACAUACAAGAUGUCAUCUUACCGACACCCUCAGUGUUCGAGGAGAAUCAUUUAUCUUCAUUAACUUCAUUUAUAUUCUUUAACAAAGUGGAGAUUGUCAGUAUGAUACAGGAAGAUGAGAAGUUUUUAUCAUCACUGUUUACACAAUUGACAAAUGACGACACAGAGGAAGCUGUCAGAAGAGAUUUAGUGCUAUUUUUGAAAGAAUUUUGUACAUUUUCACAAACACUGCAACAAGAUAGCAGAGAAUCAUUUUUCAAGACAUUGUCAUCUUUUGGUGUUUUAUCUGCUAUAGAAGUCAUAUUAGGACUGGACGAUCCACAAAUUAAAUCAGCUGCAAUAGAUAUAUUUUCAUACAUUGUGGAGUUCAGUCCAUCCACUGUCAGAGAAUUCAUAAUGAAGGAAGGCCAAAAACAGGAUGAUGAUGAUUUACUGGUUAAUCUGGUGAUCGAUCAGAUGAUCAAUGAUCCGGAUCCAGAACUGGGAGGUGCAUUACAGUUGAUGGGUGUUCUAAAACUACUGAUAGACCCAGAAAACAUGAUAGCUACAUCAAAUGUAAGCCUAAAUGCUUACUACUUCAAUAAAACCGAGAAGUCUGAAUUCUUAGUGUUCUUCUACAAACACAGCAUGCAUGUGUUAACGGCACCAUUGUAUGCCAACACAUCAGAGGGACGCUUAAGCAAAGAUGACUUCCAGUCAGCACAGCUACAAUCUCUGAUCUUAGAGCUGUUAACAUUUUGUAUAGAGCACCAUACAUUCCACAUCAAAAACUACAUUAUAAGUAAAGAUUUAUUAAGAAGAGUUUUACUGUUGUUAAAGUCACGUCACAGGUUUCUGGCAUUAUGUGCAUUAAGAUUUAUGCGUAAAAUUGUUGGUAUUAAAGACGAUUUUUACUACAGAUAUAUCAUCAAAGGAAGUUUAUUUAAACCAAUCGUAGAAGCUUUUCUAGAUAAUGGCACAAGAUAUAAUCUCUUUAACUCUGCAAUCAUUGAAUUAUUUGAAUUCAUUAAAAUGGAGGAUAUCAAGUCUCUCUGUGCUCACAUAGUAGAAACACAUAUGAAAGAAUUAGAGAGUGUUAAUUAUGUUAGCACAUUUAAUUCCCUCAAGAUGAGAUACGAACAACAACAAGAUGGCCUCAAGGACAAAUUAUUUGAUAGUACAUCAGUGUUACGGAAUCAUCGAUAUCGAAGAGAUGCUAGGACACUAGAAGAGGAGGAAGAAAUGUGGUUUGAUGAAGACGAUGAAACAGAGGACUUAGAUUCCAUGGUUCCUGUUUCUGAUGUAUUAAGAUCUAGCUUAGAUGCAGAUUUUGACCAAAUAAACAGAUAUAUAGGCAAUAGAAAAGUUAAUAAAGACCAGUCGAGAGAAUCACCACCAAGGUUAUUUAAUAACAGAUCAACAUGUAUAAACAUUAACCUCAGAAACAACAGUCCAAACACGAGUCCAGUUGGUAGUCCUGCUACAUCACCGACUGGUAGUCCUACGAUACCAUGUCCUACACCAAACACAUCACCUAUUACACCUUCAGAAAAGGCAUUAGCUGCCAAAAGGGCAGGUUUAGUAGGACUAGUGGACUAUCCUGAUGAGGACUCUGAUGAAGAAGAAGAGGAUUCAGAAACUCCAACAGCUAAACGUCCACGACUGGCAACGUAGUGAUAUAACAUAGUGAUAGAAAGACUUCCACGACUUAGCUAGCCGAGACUGUGUCUCUGAGAAUGGUGCUAGAUUACCUGUGAUUUAAGGGUCCAGAGAAAAGCCCCCGAAUGAUGGCUGUGCCAAUAAAGGACUGCCUUUGAAGUGACGUCUGACCCUUGAUGGGUAAACGGCUGGGAUCAUCAUUUCAUGUUUUAUCAGAAUGAAGUUUAAUAUCUGAUCUCAAUACUUUCAUUAUCAUAUUACUCUCCGGUAACUAGCUUAUGAGGAUGUUAACUCAAUACGGCCCUCAUAAGUAGUGGACCACUUCUUUUUCAGUUGUCAAUGGAAUAAGAAUGAAUUGGAAAGAAUAGAUUAAAAAUCAAAAAAUAUCUUCCCCUUUAUGGGUAAAUUAAGAUAAGUGAUUAGUAUGGCCUCUCGCUGUAAUUAUUUAUGUAUUUAUUUAUUAUAUCAUUCAGUUGAUAUCCGUCCUAUUUUAAGAGUUCUCUUAUUUCACAUUAUGCCAAAAUUGCUACCAUGAAUUAAUUCUUCGUAUCAAACUCAAAACUUAUCAUUGCAUUUGUACAAUUAUUAGCAUUUAAGUGUUUCUGUAAACCAUGUUUCAUUUAUAUGUACAAAGCACACAUUAAGCAAAGUAUUGUAAAGGUUGAGUAACACCCAAUAGGAGAAAUUUGACAUGUACUUGCGUUCUGAAAUGAGAGUAAGACCAAAAGUAUUUAAUUUAUGUACCGUACAUGAAUAAUUGUUUAAGUCCCCUUAAAGUAAUUAAUUACAAUUGGGUUAAUAUUGUACUAAAAUACUUAAAAUGGCUCUGAUCAUAUUUUUUUAUGACUUCAUUCUGAAAUGGCAUACUUGGACCAUUGAAGGAUAUAAUUUGUCAAACGUAGGAAAAUCCCUUCAUAGAUCUGAAAAAUUAUCUACUUCUUUGUGCAUGUUAUAUUUUUGAAGUUGUAAGAAUUUUAAAGUAUUUUUGUUUAAAUGCUGAUAUCAUUUUACAAAUGUUCAUGACAGUGUCACACUAUUGCAAAUAUUCUGACCAUAAAAGAAAGUAUUAUGUCAUAUUCUACAUGCAAAUUUUUUUUUAAAACAUAACAUAUCCGUGUUGAAAACAGAUUAUUUUUAUGCCACACCUACGAUAGUAGUAUGGCAUUAUGUUUUCUGGUCUGUGCAUCCGUUCGUUCGUCCAUCUGUCCGUUCGUCCGUCUGUCCCGCUUCAGGUUAAAGAUUUUGGUCAAGGUAGUUUUUGAUGAAGUUGAAGUCCAAUCCACUUGAAACUUAGUACACAUGUUCCCUAUGAUAUGAUCUAGACCCCAAUUUCACGGUCCACUGAACAUAGAAAAUGAUAGUGCGAGUGUUGAAUCCGUGUACUAUGGACUCCUUCUUGUUUUCCUAUUAUAUAAUGUUAAGUAAGGUCUCUGUAAUUUAAAAUUCUUUUUAGACUGAAAUUUCCUAGACUAAAUUUAGAGAUAAAAUAAAGAACAAAAAUAAUUCUAGCAAAACUCUACUAGUUACAACUUGUAGAUAUCAAGAGAGAAAUGCAGAACUCUUCUUUAGGGAGAUAAUUGUAGCAAUCUGAAUGAAAACAUGUGUUCAAACCUAUAAAUAUGUACUGAUAUGUUUCAUGAUGAUCUGUAGACAAACUUCAGUAUAUUGAUUGCAGAGAUAAUACUGUUUGAUUAUCUGUGGAUGUUUUGGGUGUGUUGUAUUUCUUUCUAUUGUCAGUAUAUGUUUCCAUGUUUUAUUAAAAAAGGUAUUGCCAACUUUCCCUUUUUAAGCAGAGUCAAUUUUGAGAAGUUAAAGCGAUAUUCCUGGAAUUUUAGUAUUGAAGAGUCUCUAAAAUACACACAAAAUACUUUAAAAUAUCUAUAUAUGAUCCUAUUCAGCCCUAUGCAUUGGUGGUAUAAUUUUGAUAGUAAAGAUGUUAAAAUUUUCAUAUGAAUGUAAAAUGUUUUGAAACCAAGAAUCAAUUUGUAUCUGAAAUACAAUACAAAACUUUAUAUUUGAUAGAAUUUUGAUUUAAUUGAAUGUCUUUCCUAUUUAUUUUUAGAAAGUAAUGCAUUUUAAUCUCCUGGAAGCAGUUAGUCCAAUAAAGAAAUUAAAACUGAAAUGUGAAUUUUACUUUUAAGUUUCAAGAACUUUUAUGGGAAAGCUCUGCUUGUGACGUGAAUACAUGGGAAAUUGGUUCUAUUAUAGACCAUCUAGUAGACUUUUCACUGUUAAUUGGCAAAUAUUCAGAUAAGCAUGGAAUAUUCUGACACUAUUUUGUCUAUAAAAUAUUAUUUUACAGUUAGAGAAAAGUUAUUUUAAUUUCAUACUUGACUUUAUAAUGAAGGAUAGUGAAAUGAAGUAGCAUAGAUGUGCUUCAGUUUUAUGUCAGGUUAUUUUUCUAUGAAAGUUGUUGCUGAGCUAGAAGGUAUUAAAAUCAUGAAAAUUUAAGAAAUUUUUUUUGUAAUUUGAUUGUUGACUUAACUUUUAUUAAGUGUUAAAAGAAUGAAUAAGCUACAGGGGAAAAAAUUGAGAUCACUAAUACUCCUACAACACACUGAAAGGGUAACAGUAUUAAUGUUAUAAUUGUGGGACAUUUUCUAGUGAUAACUAUUAACAUCAAUAUUUUUACCAGUGGUUAAUGUUUGAGUAAGGGUUGAAUCUGGUUGUACAGUUAUACCACUGCUUUAUUGUAAACUAGUACUAGUUAAAUGAUUUGAAAUUGCAGCUCUUUUCAUAAUGCUAGCAAGACAAAGGUUUGUUUGGUUUGCUUGCUUUGUUUGUAUCAAUGUUUGCUCAAGCAUUGUAAUUAAGAUUGACAUCUGAAAACAACAUAAAAAGGCGGAUUUAAACUUGUAUACAUUAUAUUUAAAUUUGAUUGGACAUUAUCAAAUAAUCAAAUUUACCUAUACACAGGUUUAACUCUGCCUACUUAUAUUGUUUUCAGAUGUCAAUCUUAAUUACAAUGCUUGAGCAAACAUUGAUACAAACAAAGCAAGCAAGUCAAACAAACCUUUGUCUUGCUAGCAUUAUGAAAAGAGCUGUAACAUUUCUUAGUUAAGGUCGAUUGGUAGCAUGAGAUAUGAAAGGUUGUGAAAUUCUCUUUACGCCAUUUAGUAAAUGAUAUACAAAAACAAUUGACAAUUUACAAUUCAAGUCAAACAUUUGAACAGAGAAGGUAAAAUGUGGAAUAAAUUCAGAUGCAAUUUCAUUUCAAAGUAAACCAGAAAACAUUCCUGUAUUGAAACUUCAAAAAAACAAUGUUAAUACUAUUCAGCAGUUUACAUUAACAACUGGCAUCAGUGUUAAUAAUGAGUCUUCUUAAAGGUUAAACAAAACAGUUGUUAAUUUGAUGAAGAAACACCAUAAAAUUGUCAGUAUCUAGUGCUGUAUUCUGUCCAUCUAAUGUCAAGGUCAAACUAACUGGGAUAUUUCAAAUAAGAAAGAAUUGACUUUCAAAAGGAAUUUUUCUAUCCUAGACAUUUCAUCUACCCUAUCUAUAAUGGUGUUUCAGUUUUACAGUUCUUAACACAAGUCACUGAAUGAUAGAAGAACUGAAUUUGUUCAUUAUAGUAAACAUAUUCGAUUUGAAGCCCUUAGUACUUACAAGUUUCAGUAUUUGAUUUGAAUUAGUUCUGAACAUCAUGGGAUUGUAUUAACUCCCUCUCCCCCUAAUUGGGAUUAUAUCAUCAUUAUUACUAAGUAUUUAGUCUUUCUAAGUAUAAUAAGACAGUACUUAAACCCUCUGGCCAGUAUUGAAAUUUAUUACACAAGAUCUGAAUACCGAGUAUUUUUUAAAGAAAAAAAAUGGCUACUGAACAAGUUUAAUACUUGACUUUACUUAAUUACAGAUAUCAAUGGGAAGUAUAAAGUAUUUUAGUAUUGAGAACACCAUUGUAGAACUUCAGGCAGCAUGAAAAGGAAUUAUUUUUGGCAUGAAAUGGUGCAUGCUCUGUUUUAUUGUACAUAACCAUACACAUAAAGUCAGCAUUUUAUCAAAUGAAAUUUUUAUUAUAAUGUAAAACAUGUUGAAUUAUAUGAAAAAACAAAAAAAAUAAAUGCAACAUGAAACAG